AUGGAUGUAGGAGUGUCUCCGGCGAAGUCUAUACUCGAAAAGCCUCUAAAACUACUCACUGAAGAAGACAUUUCUCAGCUCACACGCGAAGAUUGUCGAAAUUUCCUCAAAGCUAAAGGAAUGCGUAGACCUUCUUGGAACAAAUCUCAGGCGAUCCAGCAAGUUUUAUCUCUUAAAGCUCUUUACGAGCCCGGAGAUGAUUCCGGCGCCGGAAUCCUCCGCAAGAUCCUCGUUAAUCCGCCUCGUGUUACAACAACUUCGAUUGAGCCAAGCAAUGAGUUUGGAGCUUGUGGUCGGAUUCCUUGUCCGGAUGAUGAUGGUCCAUGUCACAGAAGGGACUCUCCAAGAUCAGCUGAGUUCUCCGGUGGUUCUGGUCAGUAUGCAGGGGAGAAAGAUAGCUACAAGACAGUGUCUCCCAGAAGCCCAGCUGAAACAAGUGCGCUGGCUGGUCAAAUGACGAUAUUCUAUAGUGGAAAAGUGAACGUAUAUGAUUGUGUACCACCUGAAAAGGCACGGUCAAUCAUGCACUUUGCAGCCAAUCCAAUCGAUUUGCCUGAAAAUGGUAUUUUUGCUUCUACUAGUAUGAUUUCCAAGCCCAUGAGUAAAGAGAAGAUGAUGGAACUUCCCCAAUAUGGUCUUGAAAAGGCGAGUGCUCUUCGUGACUCUGAUGUGAAGGGUCAGGCGAACAGAAAGGUCUCGUUGCAAAGAUAUCGCGAAAAGCGGAAGGACAGAAGAUUCUUCAAGGCCAAAAAGACUCCGGGAAUUGCAUCCUCUAGCUUGGAAAUGUUUCUGAAUCUUCAGCCUUGGAUUAACACUGCAGAUUCACAAAACCUUAGGGGCACAGGAGUGGUCUUCGAGUCACCUGAAAAUCAGACAAAAAGUCCCAAUCUUUCAGUUGAUCUAAACAGUGAUCUGAACAGUAAAGGUAUGAAGAAUCAUAUAACAAGUUAA